UUCGUAGGCACCGCCGUCGCCCUAGCCUACCUCGAAGCAGGCUACACUGUCCGCGGCACCUGUCGCUCGCAUUCCAAGGCCGAACAAUGGAUCUCCCUUUUCCCUCGAUACAAGUCCAAAUUUGAAUACGCCGUUGUCGAGGAUAUAGCUACGCCGGGUUGUUUCGACGAUCCAGUGAAGGGUGUAGAGAUUAUUGCGCAUACGGCUUCUCCGUUUACUUAUAUCAUCAAGGACAACGAAAAAGAUCUCCUCCUCCCCGCCAUCGCCGGCACCCACAACCUCCUCUCCGCCACCUCCCUCUCCAUUACUCUAAAACGAGUAGUCCUCACCUCCUCCUUCGCCUCCGUCUUCGAUUUUGCUACCUUCCCGGCCAAGGGCAAAACAUAUACCGAUGACGACUGGAACCCGGCGACAUACGAGGAGGCGAAGACGCAUGCGCAUCCGGGAUAUGUGUAUUGCGCGUCGAAGGUGUUGGCGGAGAGGACAUUUUGGGAGUGGAUUGAGAGGGAGAGGCCGAGGUGGGAGGGGAGUGUUGUUUGUCCGCCAAACAUCUACGGCCCGCCCCAUCAACCCCUCACCUCGCUCGACUCCCUCAACACAUCCACUCAAGACGUAUGGAACAUCAUGAGCGGCGCCUACAAAGAAGGGCUCCCACCGACUGCGAUGCCGGCGUCCGUGGACGUGCGGGAUGUCGCGCUCGCGCAUGUUAGGGCGUCGGAGAGGGAGGAAGCCAAGGGACAGAGGUAUCUGUUGAUUGGGGGAGUUUAUACAAAUGAAGAAAUUGCCAGCAUAAUCGCUCAGAGUCACCCUGAACUCAGUGACAGGCUGCCCAAGGUCGAUGACCUCUCCAAGAUAAAGCAUGACUUAUUGUACAACUCUUCGAAGGCGCAGGAGCAGCUUGGUAUUCAGUUCAUUCCGCUGGAGAAGUGCAUUAAGGAUACGGCGGAUAAGUUGGUGCAGAUUGAGAGGGAGCUGAAGAAUUAA